CUGUUUUCUGGGACGCUCUGGAGCGAAUUCCAAAGUUCUGGUUUGACCUUCAGAGCCGAAGCGUUCGGGCUCCACCUCGUCUGUGAAGGUCUGCCGAUGUAUCCCUGAUGUACCUGCCCAUUUGCAGAGGCAAUGCUUUUCGACCUGUCUUUAAGAUCUGUUUGGUUGGAAGCUUCCAAAGGUAGGGAGGAGGCCCCAUUAGUGAGGGUGUUCAAGGAACCACGUGUUGGGGGUUAUAUGAGUGGAGCCAACUGGAACCUGGAGUCGGACUAGAUGGCUCUGGAGGCCCCUUCUGACUCGCUUUGUUUCUAUGUUUCUGUGUUGUUGGUGCUUGUUUUCAAAUUGGCUUCGAACCCAACUGUAUAGUUUAUGAACUUGUCAUGCUAGCAUGAAGCCGCCUGUCUUUUCUAUUGUGAACCACCUUUGUGAGACUCGUUCUUGAAACGCAGCAAUGGAGUACCUGAAAUGAUAAAUGUUUUACUGCUUGGUUGAGCUGGGUAACAAACCUGCCAUCAGUUGAAACAUUCUGCUCUGAACACCUCUUGACUGUUCUCCUCCUCUUUCACGCCCCUGUGUAAGGAGUUUCGAAAUGGGACAUCCGGCAUAAAAUUUGGGAUUACAUGGAAGCAAAUAACUUGGCUGAUUUCCCAAGACCCGUGCAUCACCGGAUCCCCAAUUUCAAGCGUUUAGAGAGCAGCUCUAUGAAAACAUGGCUUGGCCUUGGCGGCAGUUCACCAUCCCUGCAGGCGAAAGGCCGCUGGUUCAGACCCUGAUGCAGAAUACGCCUUUCCCACAGGCUGCCCCUUCCGCUUCUGCCCGGCUCCCAGACCUGCAGGAGUUCCAGAAGGCCAGGGUUGUGAAAGUCAACCCCGACGCCCCACAGAAGAACGCCCGCUUUUUCACUCUGGAAGCCAGGAAAACCCUUCUGGUGCCCACUCCGCGCCUGCGAACGGGGCUGUUCAACAGGAUUGUCCCUCCCCCUGGAGCGACGAAAGAGAUUCUCAGAAAAUGUGCCACCUCUCAAGGUGUCAGGGAUUACAGCGUCCCCGUGGGGCUCGAUGCAAAGGUGCACGUGGACCUGGUUGUGGUAGGAUCUGUGGCAGUUUCUGAGAAAGGUUGGCGGAUUGGGAAAGGAGAAGGCUUUGCGGACCUGGAAUAUGCCAUGAUGGUCUCCAUGGGAGCAAUAGGAGAGGACACAAUUGUUGUCACAGCUGUGCACGACUGCCAGGUGGUGGACAUACCGGAGGAACUGCUGGACGACCAUGAUCUCACUGUGGAUUACAUCCUUACUCCCACAAGAGUGAUCAAGACUGGGUGCAAGCGCCCCAAACCUCAGGGGAUCCUUUGGCAUAAGAUCAGCCAUGAAAUGCUGGCGAAAAUCCCAGUCCUCAAGAGCCUUCGCUACAGAGAGCAACGAGGAGGCAUAGAUGCUUUCCUCAAAGAUGAGCCGCCCGGUGCUCCAGUGGCCAGUGGACCAGCCAGCAAGAAUCGGCCGGAAAAUAGCCAGUGGCCGAGCGAGAGCGGCCCAGUGCCAACAGGCCCGGAGAAGCCGUCCUCUGUGUGCACACCGGACCUGCCCAGGGUGCCUGCCACUGUCUACGUGGGCAACCUCCCACAGGGCACCCGGGUGAGCGAGCUGAAGGAUGCCCUGAGAGCGCAUGAUGCACUUCCCGCACGGCUCACCUGGCACGGUGCCCAAAACCAGGCCUUUCUCAGCUACAGCGACAGAGCUGCCGCGGACGCCGCCCUCUCAGCUCUGCAGGGGUUAAGUCUCCGAGGUGGCCACGUGCGGGUCGAACUGGCCAGGAGGCAGGGGAGCAGGAGGGCACACAGACCCCAGUAGGAGAAGGAGGGGCCAGGGCAGCUCUCGCUGCGGGGGCAGAAGAAGGGGCCCGCGCAAAGGCUUUGGUGGACUGCUGCUGGCUGAUCCCGGAGCCUGGCCAUUCAAGCCAGGGGCCUGAUAUGACCGGACCAUUCCGCCACCAAGGGAACGGCAGGCCUGUGGGGGAUGAGGCCCUGGGAUGGCCACAUGGUCACUGAUCCCCGUGUCUUUGGGACUAUGCCACGUGGCUGGACAGCGCUCUCCUUUCUGCAGGUGGCGGGUGCUUUUUUCCAGACACUCCCCUCAAGUAGAAAGCUAGCACAUCCAGGACUCUGCCCCAUCGGGGCAUUUCUCCACUUGCAAGGACGGGUUCGUUUCGGUGCAGGGGACCGGCUGUGUGGCUAGUAUGGUUGCAAAGUGGAGCAUUCAAAGGCUGUGGCCCCUCACCACCCCCAGUCUUGGGACUUGUAACACCCCGUUCUGCCCCAGGGAGGUCAACUGGCCCUUGGCUGAAACCUCUCCAGGUGACGUCAACAUACCUUUGACUACAGGAGAGCACGAGAGCCACUUUCUGGUUAGAGCUUCUUGGCUGUAUGAUGUGCUGGCCACUCAGGCGCAUGAGCGGCUGUGGAACUGUUUUUCCGCUUACUCGACAGCCUCUCCUGGACUUCUCUCCUCCUCAGCAAUGAAUUCUAACCCUUGG